AGAGCAAGCGCGAGCCAGCGGGAGAGCGAGCGGGCGGGCGGGCGCUGAGGCGGUGCCGAGGACGGGCAGAGGCGGUUGAGGCGGGGGCAGCGGCGGGCGGGCCCGGCCGGUGUCAGCGUUAGGAACUGUCUGGCUGCCAGUCUGUUUGUCUGUCUGUCGCUAGCUGGGUCGGGGCCGGCCGGGAGGUCUGGCUGCGGGAGGCGGCAUGUCGGUGGCCGGGCUCAAGAAGCAGUUCUACAAGGCGAGCCAGCUGGUCAGUGAAAAGGUUGGAGGAGCUGAAGGGACCAAGCUUGAUGAUGACUUCAAAGAAAUGGAGAAGAAAGUGGACGUUACCAGCAAGGCUGUGGCAGAGGUGUUGGCUAGAACCAUUGAGUACCUUCAGCCCAACCCAGCCUCCCGAGCCAAGCUCACAAUGCUCAACACUGUGUCGAAGAUCAGAGGGCAGGUGAAGAAUCCUGGCUAUCCACAGUCAGAAGGGCUCUUAGGCGAGUGCAUGAUUCGCUAUGGAAAGGAGCUAGGAGAUGAGUCCAACUUUGGGGAUGCCCUCUUGGAUGCUGGUGAAUCAAUGAAGCGAUUAGCAGAAGUGAAAGAUUCUCUGGACAUCGAAGUCAAACAGAACUUUGUGGACCCCCUCCAGAACCUCUGUGAUAAAGACCUAAAGGAGAUCCAGCAUCAUCUGAAAAAGCUCGAGGGCAGACGUCUGGAUUUCGACUAUAAGAAGAAGCGUCAGGGAAAGAUACCAGAUGAGGAGCUUCGUCAAGCGAUGGAGAAAUUUGAGGAGUCCAAGGAAGUGGCAGAGACCAGCAUGCACAACCUCUUGGAGACUGAUAUUGAGCAGGUGAGCCAGCUCUCAGCCCUGGUGGAUGCCCAGCUGGAUUACCACAGGCAAGCAGUACAGAUUCUGGAUGAGCUGGCGGACAAGCUGAAGCGCAGGAUGCGGGAAGCCUCUUCCCGUCCAAAGCGGGAAUACAAGCCAAAGCCUAGAGAUUCCUAUGACUUUGGAGAGCCUGACCAGUCCAAUGGAGGUUUCCCUUGUGCCCCAGCUCCCAAGAUCACAGCAGCUUCUUCCUCUUUCCGAUCCUCUGACAAGCCCAUCCGGACCCCCGUCAGGAGUAUGCCACCUCUGGACCAGCCCAGCUGCAAGGCCCUAUAUGACUUUGAGCCCGAGAACGAUGGGGAAUUGGGCUUCCGGGAGGGUGACAUCAUCACACUGACUAACCAGAUUGAUGAGAACUGGUACGAAGGCAUGAUCAACGGCCAGUCGGGCUUCUUCCCCCUCAACUACGUGGAGGUGCUGGUCCCACUACCUCAGUGAAAUGGCUGUUGUCCACAUCUCCCUCCCUGCCCUCCCUUCCUCCUCCUUUCUCCUGUUCCUCCCCCUAAUGAGGAAGGCCAGGCCUGAUCUCCUGCAUUCCAUUUUGUUCUUGGUGACACCAGUCUCUCACUGGAAGACAAAUGGGAUAGUAUUAACCCUGCCCAUGCCAGAAGGGUGUCAGAUUAUCUGGACUGGAUGUCCCCUCAACUCCAUCCUUCCCAAGGCUUUGGUACUUCCUGAGAGACCUCAAGGAGCUUGCUGCCUCCCCCCCCCCCAGUCCCUUUGGCAAAGGUUCAGGCAGCAGAGCCCCUGAGUCCUGACACCUGUGGUCAGGCUCAGCCUGCCCUGGGAAGACCAAGCAGUGGAUGUACCUAGUUGAGUUACAAGUUGAGUAUAGGCAAAGAAGGAUGAGCCAGGAAGUUUUAAUCAGUGUAGGGGGGGUUUGUGGUGUUUAUGGUGAUGGAAGUGGAGAAACACAGUUUGUUUAAAUCACCUAGGUUUACGUAAGACACUAGUGACCGCCCAAACUUUUUUUUGGUGGGGAGGGGAGCAUCCUCCCUCCUUCCACCUUUUACCCCCAUCUUCCAUCUCUAGACUUUGUCCCUUCUUCACUCCCCUUCCACUUGCUGCUUCUGAGGGGCUUGGGUGGACAGGACUCAUUUACUCAACUGACUCCACUAGCCAUGCUCCCCCUCUCAGCCAGUCCCUAGACUCUCAUUUGGGACUGGACUUGGCUGUGAGGCUCCCAUGCAAAGGGGUAACACUAAGGUGCUCUUGAAACACUAAGCUUCCUCUCUAAAUGCUUCCUUCCUUGCCUGAGCAGCCGUUGGUACGCUGCUCUGGCCCCCUACCAAGGAACUUUCAGAGGCUGUCCCUCAGUCUUUUGAGUGUGGCCUGGUUCCUUGGUCCACAGCCAUAGAAAUUCUCAACCUCUCACCCCCACUCAAGGCCCUAGCUAUCACUUGUUCUCAUUCCCUGAGACCCUCAAGUUGACUUGGAAGAUUCUGCCCCCUUCUCUGAACCAGACUGGGAAAAGACCUGCAGAGCUAACUAAAGCAGUACCAAGUGUUAGACCUGGGGCCACAAUCAAGCAUCUCCUAAGAAAUGUUCUGUGUGGUCUUCAGGGAAUGGAGGAAUACUAUGGAAACAACCCCAUCUGCUCGGUUCUUCCCCUGCUGGUCUGAGUAGCUCUCUUUGCUGGCUGUGACCAAAGGUUGGCAGCUGAGUCAUUAGGCCACAGGAUCUCAGAGGAGCGAAGCACAGGAAAGCCAACUCCCUUACCCUAUGGGGCUGUCCCUAGCGUGCCUUGCUGCUUGCAGCCUCCUUCUUGGAGGUUGGAUGUUAUGACUUGAGCUGGAGUUGGGGACUAUUCCUGUAGGCAUCAGCCAGGUCCCUGUUGAGGUCAUGGCCCUCUUGCCUGAGGUUCUGAUGCCUUAACUGGCUGAAAUAAGAAAUUUGGUAUAUUCUCUCUCUCUCUCUCUCUCUCUCUCUCUCUCUCUCUCUCUCUCUCUCUCUCUUCCCCCCCCUCCCCUCCCUUCUCCUUUGCUUUGCUUUCUCCCUCUCUUCUUUCUCUCUUUUUUUCUUGGCAGGAGCUAAUGUUAGGUAUAGCAAUGUGGGAGACUUACUUAUACUAUGGUGGUUUUGAGGUGUAAGAGGCAAUUUGUUCCAUGGCCUGGCUUUUACAUUCUCCUCAGAUUUGCAUCCUUGUAAUUCCAGGAGCCCCAGGCUAGCCACAGCCCAUUGCAGGCAAUGGGUCCUAGAUCCCUUUAGCAUUGUCCCCUUGUGGCUUCUCUGACCAAAAAGCAAAAGUUUUGCAUAGACAGCAUCUCCUUGAGAGCCUGAAGAUCAGCCAGGGCCCAGCAGACUGCCCCGACACCCACAGGCCAGCUGUGAGAGGGGGAGGGGAGGAAUGGUAUGGCAGCUGAGGGCUGAGCCCUAAGGAACAGCCCCAGCUACAUACAACCCACACACAAAGAAGAGCAUUGCCCUGCGAACCCCAGCCCCGCCCCCUCCUCCAGCAGCACUCCUGCCCUGUGUUGUCUCCUCCACUUCAUACUCUUCUAAACACAAGAGUUAUUGCCUCCUUUGCAGACACUGCCCCCCUCUUUGCUCCUCUUAGCUGGCAGUGUGACAGAUACAGAAAGCAAUGUAUCCUUUUAACUUUUCUUUUAACUGAGCAUGUUGAUGGAUGUUUGUUACCCAUAUGGCAGCUGCUGUUACAUUGGCACUGCUAGGGUCCUCCUUCCCCACAAAACAAAACAUGGGACCACAGGAGCCAGAGAGGCUACUGCCUCUCUGGGUUGCCAAGCCCCCAACAAACUAACCUCCUCCUUUGACAGGUUAAGCACAAAGAGUUUGAUGAACUGAACCCUCCCUGAGAAACCUACCAGACUUCGCUGUGGCACCUCUUCCCUAUCCCCUCUCCUUUAUGAUUUGUCUCUCAUCACCUUCUGCUCCCUGAUGCAUCUCCCUCUUCUCUGUGUCAGUUCUCCUGCCUCCCCCCCCAGUCACCUGGUGCUGAGCUGUGUCAGAGUUGGGACCCAGCUGCUGGCCCAUCUCCACUCAUCUCAGUGGUCCUGUACCAAUUUGGGGCAGGUACCUAGGGUCCUGAAGCCUCCUGGGCCAGCCCCAGGAGCAGCAAUGUGAAAUGGCUUCACAGGACCCAGUAAUGCUAGAAUCCCUGUAGUCCCAGCCUGGAGUCUAGUGGUGCCACCCACUAGAAGCCUUUUGGCUUCUAUCCAUUCAGUUCUAGACCAGUAUGGAAAGGAGAGGAUGGAGGUAUAGAUUAGCCAUGUCAUCAUCAUUCCCAUAGGCCAGCAGGAGCCACCAUUGUAUUCAGUUGGGGGGAGGUAGGGGAGAAGGGUGUCUUCAGAUGAUCAAUAUAACUUUUGUUACAGUUUCUCCUUUGUCUAGGGCAAAUCGAAUUGUAAUCUUGAUUAAAAAAAAGUAUUAAAUGUUUUCUCUUUCUAAGA